CAGACGCCUCCGGGUGCCAACCCUCCGAUUCUGAGGCAUCUAGUCAAGGCACCAUGGAGGUCUCCAGGGCAGCCCACUUGGCUCUCUUCCUUGCGGCAAUCCUCUGCGUCCACUCCGCCUCCUCCUUCAAGGCCUACCCCGUUGCGGAUGCCUGCUGUGUGAACUAUUCCCCGAAGAGGAUCCCGCUGAACAGGGUCAUCAGCUUCAGCAUGUCCAACAGUAGCAUCUGCUCCAAACCCGGCGUCAUGUUCAUCACGGUGAGAGGUCGGAUCGCCUGUGCCAACCCCGGAACAAAAUGGGUGCAGCAGUACAUGAAGCAUCUGACCACCAAGAUGGCUACGUCUACUCCACUGCUCAAUACGAAUGUUUCCCAAAACCAGAAGAGGGGCUCCUAACUCGCAGGCCGGACCUGGGCCCGGGACUCCACCUGCCCUCUGCUGCACUCCCUCCCACCCCACCCACCAUCCCUGCCCCAGCUCGGUGAGGGGACUGCGUUGGAGAAAUAAUGAAUGUAUCUGUGAGAAAUGUAUCGUCUGUUUAUUAACAGCAUCACCCCCUUGUUCGGCUGCCACACUUGGGAAGGCACGAGGCCUGUUUUAAGGGGAAAAGGAAGCGACAAAGAAAGGCGGGAUUAAGGAAUGGGGGUGGAUGGGUUAUUGCUCUGUCUCCCCCUUCUAGACUGUGAGCCCACUGUUGGGUAGCGACCGUCUCUAUAUGUUGCCAACUUGU